AUGUCCUUCGUGGAGCUGCUGUCCCGCCUGGGUGGCAUGGGCCGCUUCCAGGUGACCUAUGUGGUGGCGCUGGCCGUGCCCCUGCUCAUGCUGGCCAGCCACAACCUCCUGCAGAACUUCACGGCCGGCAUCCCCGAGCACCACUGCCGGCCCCGGCCCGCGGCCAACGCCACCGACGUCCCCCUGGCGGUGUCCAUCCCCUGGGACGGCCACGGCCGGCCACAGAGCUGCCGCCGCUACGUGGAGCCCCAGUGGCACCUCCUGGACCUCAACGGCUCGGCCAACGGCACCGAGGCGGCCACCGAGCCGUGCCACGACGGCUGGACGUACCUGGAUGGCAUCUUCACCGACACCAUCGUCACCGAGUGGGACCUGGUGUGUGACUCCAAGAAGCUGAGGCAGGUGGCCCAGUCCAUCUACAUGGCCGGGAUCCUGCUGGGCUCCAUCCUCUUCGGGAUCCUCUCCGACAAGUUCGGGCGCCGGGCGCUACUCACCUGGUGUUACCUGCAGCUGGGGGCCACGGGGGUGGGCACGGCGGCCGCCCCCUCCCUCCUGUUCUACUGCGUGUGCCGCUUCCUGACCGGGCUGGCCAUGGCCGGCGUGUCCCUCAACUCCGCCUCCCUCUGCAUGGAGUGGAUCCCGACGGAGGCGCGGGCCGUGGUGGGCACCAUCAACGGCUACUGCUACACCCUGGGCCAGUUCGUGCUGGCGGCCGCCGCCUCCGGGCUCCCGCGCUGGCGGCAGCUCCAGCUCGCCGUGUCCCUGCCCUUCUUCGUCUUCUUCUUCUACUCCUGGCUGUACGUGGAGUCCGCGCGCUGGCAGGUGACCUCGGGCAGACCCGACCUGGCCCUGCGGGGGCUCCGCAAGGUCGCCAAGGUCAACGGCAGGAAGGAGGAGGGGGACAAGCUCAGCGAGGAGGCGCUGCGGGCCCUGGUGCGCCGGGAGCCGCCGCUGCCGGGCGGGGCCGUGGCCGCGCUCGUCCGGACCCCCGGCAUGAGGACGGUGUCGUGCGGGGUCUCCUUCGUCUGGUUCUCCACCAGCUUCGCCUACUACGGGCUGGCCAUGGACCUGCAGGGCUUCGGCUUCAACGUGUACCUGAGCCAGCUGGUGUUCGGCGCCGUGGACAUCCCGGCCAAGCUCCUGUCCGUGCUGGUCAUCUCCUGCCUCGGCCGGCGCCUGGCCCAGGGCGGCUCCCUGGCAAUCGCCGGGCUCUGCAUCCUGGCCAACAUCUUCGUGCCCAGCGAGCUGCCCACGCUGCGCAUGGCCUUGGCCGUGGUGGGGAAGGGCGCCUUGGCCGCCUCCUUCAACUGUGCCUACAUCUUCACCGGGGAGCUCUUCCCCACCGUCAUCAGGCAGACGGGGAUGGGCCUGGGGGGCACCAUGGCGCGCGUGGGGAGCAUGGUGGCCCCCCUGGUGCGGAUGCUGGCCGACGUCACCCCGGUGCUGCCCCUGGUCAUCUACGGCGCCGCGCCCGUUGGUCUCGGCCAUGGCCACCUGCUUCCUGCCCGAGACCCGCCACGCGCCCCUGCCCGAGACCGUCAAGGAUGUGGAGAGGAGGGCGGGUCACCUCGAGGACGACGACGUCGCCGUCCCCCUGAGCAGCACCAAGAGCCAGGACGGCGCCUGAGCGGGGAUUUGGGACCCCCGGGGGGAUUUUGGGGCCGGGACCCCCCUGGAGUCCCCCCAGCCCCUCCCCCCCGGGUUAUUUAUUCAAUCCCAAUAAAAUCUCGUGGGAAUUUUGGGAUUUGGCUCCGCCCACGGCCGUUCCGGGGGGGGGGGUGA